UGCAGAAGGCAUCUCUCCGGGGCAGAUCCUCACCCCAGCCUGGGGCCCUUGCCAGCCUCUCCAGCAGCCCCAAUAAACCAGAGGGACAGUGACACGCUCAAAACUCAUAACCCCGAUCCCAGCCAGAGCCGCGACCGUGCAGUCCAGGGAACCUCUCUUGGGUGGUGAGCACCCCGUCACUGGGAGGAUCCAAGCAGGGCUGCCAUGGAGGAAGGCUCCUACUCAGUGGAGUCUUCUAGGCUCCGCAGAAGGCGGCAGUGCUGUGGGCAGGGCAUGCAGCUGGGGGUGCUGGCGCUGGUGACCGCGGCGCUGUGGGCCGGGCUGACGACCCUGCUUCUCCUCUGGCACUGGGAUGGUGUGCGGAAUCUGAAGCAUCUGGAAGAGACGGCUGCGUGGAACAUGUCUCAGGUUUCCAAGGAUGUGAGCAGACAGAAGGGUGACCAGAAGACCCAGAAAUCCCUGGCUGCCCAGAUGUCACAGGACAUGGAGAGAAUCCAGGCGGAACAGGAGAGGCUGAAGGCUCAGGGCUCUGAGCUCUCGCAGAACCUGGACGGACUUCUGGAGGACCUGAGCAGCCUCAAGUCCCAGAGUUUGAACGAGAGGCGCACAGACUUGGGUUCACUGGAGAGACUCCAGGAGGAGGUGGCGAGGCUGUGGAUAGAGCUGCGCAUGUCCAACGCCUGGAAGAGAGAGACGCUGCAACCCACUCUGCCCACUGUCCCCACGGUGCCAGCCACAGCGCUUACCACGGUGCUAACCACAGAGCCCGCCACAGUGCCAGCCACGGCGCUCACCACAGCGCUAACCACAGAGCCCACCAUGGUGCCAGCCAUGGUGCUCACCCCAGUGCCUGUCACAGCGCUAAACACAGAGCCCACCACAGUGCCAGCCAUGGCAUCUGCCACGACAACCACCACAGCUGCCCCCCUGAGCUUCUCCUCCACCCCAGGCUCCAUGUGUAACACGUGCCCCGAGAAGUGGGUCAAUUUCCAGCGGAAGUGCUACUACUUCGGCGAGGGCCCCAAGAAGUGGAUUCAGGCCCGGUUUGCCUGUGAAAACCUGCAGGGGCGGCUGGUCAGCAUCCACAGCCGGGAGGAGCAGGAAGGGCUCCUGGAUCGGCCUUCGGGACCUGGACAUAGAGGGGGAGUUUAUUUGGAUGGACCAGAAGCCCCUGGACUAUACCAACUGGCGGCCAGGGGAGCCCAACAACCAGGCCCUGGGCGAGGACUGCGUGAUGAUGCAGAGCUCCGGGCAGUGGAACGACGCUUUCUGCGGCAGCCGGCUGGACGCCUGGGUGUGUGACCGGCUGGCUGCGUGCUGACUGCCCGCCGCCUCAGCGCACCUGGGCCCGCUGGGAUGAGCUCCCGCACUGGGCCCUGGCAGAUCCCCGCCCACCUGCCAGGUGCUCCCCUCCGCGUCACUCCCCACCUUGAACACGGGGACAGCGGGGCCCACAGUGGGACCCUGAAGACGCCCGACUGAGGCCGCAUGCCUCUCUGGUGGUUAAAGGUCCCCAUGACGUUUUCCCCACCCAAACGGAGGCAGCCGACCCAUCCCCAGCCCCACCCCCACCCCCGCCACUGCCCCAGGAGCCUGUCCCUUGCUUCUCAGCCCGGCCGGCACUACCACCUCCCUGCCCUGAAGAGCUCAGAGUUCCCACUCCGAGAACCUUCCAGGGGUCAGCAGGGGUCACCUCGGACCCCGGUGGGCUUCCUCUGCCACCCCCAGCUCACCGUCUGCUGGAGUCAGGCGCGGAUGACCCCCAGCCACCAGCCGCAGCCCUGGUGUCUCCUCAAGGCUGGGCUGGAGGCACCUCCUAGUAUGGGGAACUCAGCAUCAGCCCUUGUCCCCUAUGUCAUUGCAAGAAGCAUUUACUGUGCAGGACUGGAGAUGAAGCCUCGGGGGCCCAGGGGAGCAGAGAUCUCCCCCAGACCCCCGGGGAUAUUGCAGGGCAAGGCAGGGGACCCAGCUGAGCCUGGUCCCCCAGGCCUGGCUGCUGGGGAGAGGCGAGGAGGUGACACAAGGCAAGUGCUCAGAGUGGGCCCGGUGCGCAGUGGGUGCUUAGUAAGUAGAUGCUGCAAAAACUGACCCUGCGGCCCAUUCAGGUCUGGAGGAACCGACCCUCUCCUGCCAGCCGCUGGGGAGGCCUCUCCCCGAGCUCCCCCGCCCUCCCGUCUGAAAUGACAGUCCCUUCUCCGGAUCCCUUUUACCCCCUGUGCUGUCGCCACGGUGCUGUCCUUCUGAUGAAAGGUGUGAUUUACUGGGGUGAGAAUGGGAGCGUCAGGAGGGCAGGCACCUGUUUUGUUUUCUGCUGCAUCCCCAGCGCCUGGUGUACAGUAGGUGCCCUGAAAAUAAACGUCUGUGGAAUUGGCACGUGGCCAUGGGGAAAUGACCUCUUCUCUCCGAACCUGUGGAAUGGGAUGCUGCCUGCCUGGCUUGGCAAGGGCCCCAAAGGAUCCUGGCUCUAGGUUAUUUUCUGAAGGAAACACGAAAUGCUUAUUGAAUGGACAGAGUCUCUGAUCGGGGUCUGGGGUUGAGAGAGGAAACACAGAACCCGACUCUUGUCCCUUGUCCUUCCUGGAAGCCACUGGAAGCUGGCACUGUGAAAAUACUCUAUUUAUUAAAGACUGGAGGGAGGCAGGGCUCCCGAUUCUCUAUGGGACCAAGUCCUAGCUCCAGGGAGGAAAACUUGGCCACCCAGGAGGGGUCACAAGUCAGUGGCCGGGCCCCAGUCCAGGCCAUCUCUUCAUCAGAGGACUCCACAUCUUGGGCUCCUGUAAACUUUUUCCUCAGAGCUUCCUGCUCACAGGUCCUGGGCAUCAGGAAUAGAGGCUGUGGGUGGGGAGGGUGUGAACUUACCUACCAGUGCUUGCGGCCGAUUCUGUGCUAUGGUGUGGACAGAGAUGAGUAAGACUGAGCAUUUAGGGGUCAGGCCCUAUUUAUUAAAACAAAAAACUCCUAUAGAUCCUUCAAAGCCCCAGAAAAGGCAAGGCAGGAACAAUGUAACAAAGUGCAAAGAAACCCCUACCAAAACUCCCUGUUAAACAUUAAGCAAAGUCAGAGUCACAUAGAUUCUCUAGGGUAGAAAUACCAA